GCGCGUAAAUGGCACCACGUGAGCUUUGUGCGUUGGCUCAUGACAAUUGCGGCGUUUCCUCCGUAUCGUGCACCGGAAUUAUUAUACUUCUUUCAUAAAAAAAUCGGAUCGUCGCAAUUUUCAACGCGCGACCCCUUUCGUAUGCAAAUUUCCCCGAGCUUAUUCAUUGUGCCGAACACAAUCACUCAUAUGGCGCGUGUGUUAUUGUUGUCUAAGCGAAAUUAUCGUCGGAACUAAAUCGCCCAACUAUACACUUGUCAGCCGCGACGACGCUGCGCCGAAGAAAAUUAACGAUGCCGGUCAGAGUUUUCCCUCGUUAGUCACCGGCCAACUUGUCAACGUCCACGUCUAAUCAGCUGCUCUAGCGAGUGAAUUCAUCUCCGACACUUGCGCCUGUUAGAGCUAAUGGCGUUUAUUUACGGAUCCAAUGAGAAUUUGACAUGCGCACGAAAGGCGGAAUAGCAUUAAAGCGGCAUGGGAACGUUUCCGGUCCGUUAAGGAAGAAGAAAAACAGAAAAGUUACGAGAUGUAGGUGUACACGUAAAGUGACGGCCGUGACUCGAAAUUUGUUAUUUCGAUAUUUUCUCGUAAUUGGGCUUGUUUCACGAUGUUUUGUGUGAUUUUCAAGACAUGCAAAUGCUGCUCGUCAGUUGGAAUCUUCGUUUUCGACCAUGUCUUCUAUUGUUCUAUGAGUUCUAUUGUUUUGACCGACAUGAAGCUGGUCACCUUAGUUCAACCCGAAUCAGUUAUAGUUUUUCUCGCAUAAACAAAUACAUAUAGCCUCCAAAAUUCGUCUGACAACCCACGAAAAGUAUAAACUUAUAUCGGAAGAAAUUUUUCGAUCAAAAUGGCCAAGGAUAUCAAAGAACUGUUCAAAGACAUAAAUUUCGACUUGAGAUUGGCCGAAUGCAUUACGUGCUUGAUCGGCAUAAUAGUGCUGUACAACACUGCCAACGUCUAUCGAAUCUGGUCGCUCCACGGUUGGUUUUUGGUCGCCUUGGCCUACGUGAUCGCCUACUGCUUCGAGGACCCGAGCGUCUGGCUGGAAAUCGUCCUUCUGGUGGCGUACUUUGUCGUCAUGCUUGUCACCGUAUUCAUGAACUUCUCGUCCCACUGCAUGUUUCCGCUUAUCUCUGCAGUACUGAUCGGCGUCGAUGUAGUCUUUCUAGUUCUGAACAAACGGAAUAAAUAAAUAAAUAAACUUCUUUGUGUGAAAUCUCAAA